AUGACAUCCAGUUCCGAUCAAGGAUCGAGACCCAAAUCACUUGAAAUUAAUGAAAUCCAAAUCGAUCAUGACUAUCAAGACUUGAACAACAAUGAGUUGGACAAACAUCAAUUGGACAAGAUUUACCGCAAGUUGGAUUUCCGCAUCAUUCCAGCAUUAUGGUGUCUUUACUUUCUCACUUCGUUUGGAUCAAAUUGUUAUGGGUUAACAUUAACAAUGAAUGCUGAAGUUGGGCAUUCGUUGGCUCAAUCGUUGAACUUGAGCUCGAAACAUACAUCCACUGCUUCUGCUUUGUAUUAUGUUGGUUAUAUUAUCUUUGAUGUGCCCAUGAAUCUUGUCAUGACCAAAGUCAGUCCUCAAUCAUGGUUAGCAAGGAUCGUCAUCACCGUGGGGUUGGUUUACACAUGCUACUGUGCAUUAAACAAUGCCGGCGCUUUGAUUGCAGUUAGAUUCAUUAGUGGUGUUGUUGGCGCAGGUACGUGGCCAGGAAUGAGUUACUACGUUUCCCUCUGGUAUCCCAAUGAUCGCGCCACUAGAAGAAUUGGUUACUACUUUACUGCAGCACAAAUCUCGGCAGCUGUUGCUGGUUUGGUGAGUGCUGGGUUCCAAAAGAUUGAUGGUAAUCGAGGAUAUUAUGGUUGGCAAUGGAUGUAUUUGACUUAUGGAUCAAUUACUAUGGCUGUGGGGGUAUCUUUACUCUGGUGGUUACCCGAUAGACCAUUCAAUGUUGUUAAACAGUCGGAAAAUAAGAUUAAAAAAGUGUACAAUCGAUACUUUACCCCAUCGCAUCCCUUGAAUACCACCGAGAGGGAUUUGCAUAGAAAAGAUAUUGAAUACAGAUACAGAUUGCUCAAAUGGACUUGGAGAGACGUUGUCGCAAUUAUUACUGAUUUGCGUAUCUGGCCAUUGAUUAUGAUGUAUUUUGGCGUUGUUGGUACUGGUUUUGGUUUGGCUGUAUUUGGAUCAACGAUCAUCAAGACCAAUAACCCCAGCUUGACUUCUAUUCAAGUUUCAUUGUUGUAUGCGCCAAUUUGGUUGUUUGAUUUAGGAGGUAUAUUGACACUUACCCCAUUUGCUGAUAGGUUCAAGAAAUUCAGACCAUUAAUCUUUUGUGGAGCAUGUGUCAUUAUAAUUGUUGGUAUGGUGGUUACCACAUUUGCUCAUGGUCCAUGGAACAAGUAUGCUGGAUUGUUGAUUGCUGGUUAUGGAUUGGGACCAACGGUGCCAAUUUGUAUGUCAUGGUCUGCUGAAAUUUUCUUCCCCAGAUAUGGAGAUGUGGGAACUGCAGUGAGUGCAGCAUUAGUUAGUGGAUUGGGAAAUUUGGGGUCCGUUACUGCUACUUACGCAUUGUAUUCAGGUUGGCCUGAAGAUAGAGCCAGGUUGUAUCGUAAUUCCAACAUGAUGUUGGUAUUGAUCACUGGAGUUAGUAUUAUUGCUUGUGGUGUUUGUUAUUUGAUCAAGGAUAAAGUUAGACAAGAUAUCCCAAAUGUUGAAGACAAAGAGCAAGAAGUUAUUGAGUAUAAUUAG